CGGUUCAGUUUCGGAGAGAUGGUCGGGUGAAGAAACAGUUAGGAUAGGCUAUUCCGUUCAAAACGGAAAAAAGACAUAGAGCAGAGAGAACGAGACAGUAAGCGAGACGGAGAAAAAGCGAGAUGACGACCGGAUAUAUUAAGGUAAAAACUCCUGUAAUGAGAGCAUCUACUAUCUUCUCUCCCUCGAGGCCACCGAUAGGCUACUGCUCUGCUGCUGAGUGCUGCUGCUGAUGAGAGGACCAGAUCCAGAUGCGAUCCGAGGGGCUGUGCGAGAAUGAGUAUGAAGCAGAGUCUGGAGGGUCAGGUGUACUCUGUGCCUCUGAUCCAGUCAGACCUGAGGAGGGAGGAGGCUGUUCACCAGAUAGCAGAUGCUCUGCACUACCUGGAGACCAUCUCUACAGACAUAUUUACCAGGGUGUCUGAGAGCGUGGAGCGGAACCGCUGCCAGCUGCAGAGUGUGACAGACCGGAUCAGGCUAGCCCAGGCUCGUGUCGACAAGAUCAAAGGCAGCAAGAAGGCCACCAAGGUGUUUUCCAGUGCUAAAUAUCCAGCUCCAGAGCGUCUCCAGGAUUACUCGUCCAUCUUCAGUGGAGCCACAGACCCUGCCUCCCAGACGCGUCCCCGGUAUCGCAUACAGGCUAAACUACGGCCAUUUGAUGACAAGGCCCUGCAGGAGAAGUCCUGUUAUUACCCUGUGUGUGUGAGGAGUAAGAAGCAUUCAGAAGAUGAGACCGAGGAGGGGCUGGGAGGUCUGCCUCGAAACAUCUCCUCAGUCAGCUCCCUGCUGCUGUUUAAUACUACGGAGAACCUAUAUAAGAAGUAUGUGUUUCUCGACCCCCUGGCUGGGGCAGUGACUAAAACACACAACACCCUAGAGACCGAGAAGGAAGAGAAACCAUUUGAUGCGCCGCUAUCCAUCACCAAAAGAGAACAGCUGGAGAGACAGACAGCAGAGAGUUACUUCUAUGUUCCAGAUCUGGGUCAGGUCCCAGAGAUUGAUGUCCCCUCUUACCUCCCAGACCUGCCAGGCAUCGCGGACGACCUGUCCUACAGCCAAGACCUGGGGCCCGGCAUCGCUCCCUCUGGGCCCACACACUCCUUCCCUGACCUCCCCUCCUUUCCUGGGGAAGACCUGCCUGGUUCUCAGUUCCAAGUUGCAGUCCCGCCUCCCCCACCACCUCCUCCGCCUCCCCCGCCGGAGCCCACGCACACCAUGGCCCCUCCCCCUCCCCCGCCUCCUCCCCCACCACCUCCACCUGCAGAGAGCCCUGCAGACCUCAGCCGCACAGCUCCAGUAUCAGGUGCACCUAGCGAGGUGUUUGAAUCAGACAGCCGGGCCAGUUUGCUAGAAUCAAUCCGGAAUGCUGGAGGCAUUGGCAAGGCCAAACUACGUAACGUCAAAGAACGCAAGAUGGAGAAGAAGAAACAGAAGGAGCAGGAACAAGUGGUAGCAGCGGCCAGUGGAGGAGACUUCAUGUCAGAUCUGUUCAAUAAACUGGCCAUGCGAAGGAAAGGUAUCUCUGGUAAGGGGCCUGGAGGUGGGGACUCUGGGGAGGGCCCAGCCGGUUCUGGCAGUGCAUUCGCUCGGAUGUCUGACGUAAUCCCACCUCUUCCCGCUCCUCAUCAGCCAACUGCGGAAGAAGAGGAUGACUGGGAGGCCUAACCACUGACACUUCCCAAUUGGAACUCUAAGCACAUUUAGCUCUAAGCCAAUCAGAGAACAGAACACUGAGGAAUGAAACCAACCCCUGUUGAGGACAGGUUCUGCUGGGCUAUCAUUGGGCUUCUUUGAGGUGACAUACUGUUGUGGCAUUUCUGGUCGCAGAGCGACUUCAAUAAACAGCAGGAUGUUAUGACUGUGUAACAAAAAUGUGGUCACUAGUUUCCACCACACCUCCAGUAUCUGCCCUUUGACCCAGAUGGGUCAUAUAAUACAGGGAGUAUAUAUAGUACAGGGCCUUUUAGAGUGCAGAUUAACAUCAAAUCAGGUAGUAAUCCCUCUGAUGACCAGACAGGACAGACAACUACAGAAGUCAGGCCAUAUCUUCUGAACAUGAAGACGUUUAAUAUUUAAUAACCCAUUGACUAACACUACACUGAGGCAGUGGAACACUUCUAUCGGAAUGUAACUAACAUCAUUCAGUAAAAAAAUAAAUUACAGUGGAGAGUU